AUGAAACAACUCACAAAUUUUCUUGUUCUUUGCAUAUAUUUUUUGACUGUAGUUAAUGCUUGCCAUGUGAGCUGUACAGAUUGCUAACCAGACACAAAUAUAUGCCUAGAUUGCUUGGAUGUUAACUCAUCUAUAGAUUCAUUUUAGAGGUCUUGCAUUUGUAACUUAGGUUAUUAUACUGGGUCUCUUAAUCCAUUCUAGUGUGUUCAAUUAAUAAACUAUGAUUCUGAAGGAAAUAUGAUAGCUCUUUAAGUUUAAACUUGUCAUUUGGAAAUGGGACUUAAAACUUCUUUAGUGAAAGUUAAUGAAGUUACUGAUAUAAUUAUAAUAAACAACAUAAAAUAUGCUCAAAUAUUUGUUACUCUUGACCUUGCUUCAAUAAGUAUUUCUGAAGAGUGCUAAGAGUAGUAUGUAACUUCUCUUCAAAUUUAAGAUCCUAAAACUCUUAAUUAUAUUGAUUUAGAUGACUAAUACUACACAACUGGAUAACUUGGUUCAUAAACUAUUUAAAUAAAAUUAAUAGAUUUUUAAACACUUGCUAUACAAUAGUCUACAUAGGGAAAUUAGAUAUCCUAAAUCAUAAAUUUUGGACUUAAUAUUGGAAACUCUUAGAAAUUCUAUAGAUAUCAUAAAUUUAGCAUCACUUUAUGUACAGAUACAGCUGUAAGCACAGUUAUGACUACAGAUAUAAUACAAUAAGUAGCAAGCAUGAAUUGUCUUUAAAAUUAAUAAUGUAUCACAAUUCCUAAUGUUGAUACAAACAUUGAAAUCUGCUAAGAUUAGACCUGCCUCCAGCCUAUGUAAAAUCCGUCUUAUUAAGUCGGUUAAAUGGUUUAUGCUAAGGCUUCAUUUAUUGACCCUACUAGUACUAAAAAAUUAGUUUUAUAAAACCUUUAUUACAAAGAUGAUGAUAGUAUAAUUUAUGAUUUAACUUAAUUUACAAAUACAAACUGGGCAAAUAAAAUUUUAAGUAUAUCAUUCAAAAUACCUUCACCAUCACUGCACGGUAUUGUUUAAAUAAAAAUGCAAAUCUAAAAUAACAGGUUUAGAUAGUUGAAUUAAUUUUAAAAUAAUAUUGUUCAGUAACAAAUUGGUAUAGAAGUUGUAAAUUCAACAGUUUCUUAAAGCUAGGCUACAUAAAUAAUUGAUUAAAGCAAUCAAGAUCUCAUAUCUCAAGUUAGUUGCUCCACUUAUAAUUUAUUUUAUUUUAUUUACCUAUUAUUGCUAUUUUUAUGA